UUUACAACAUCGGCAUCUUCUUGACUCAACUCAACUCAACUCGAACAUGUGAGCGCUCUCUAAUCCGCCAAGCGUCUCUCGUUCGCAAACAUUCGCGCACCAGUCGCAUAAGGUUCGUAGGACGUGCUAAUGGCGUCGCUAUGAACCAUGGACAUUCUUCCAAAAGGGCAUAAAAAAGUCUCGUUUUUCCCUGUUGCAAUGCUGCGUAGGUCAUGUGCUCAAGUGGGGUAGCAUGUGCGCCACGGCUGCAGAGCUACAGCGUCUACUUCAGCCUGCUUGCUGACACGUCUCGAGUCGUUCCGGCUGCCCUGUCGAUAACCGCUGAACACAGUGAGGGCAAUGCGGCUUCUCGACUCUCGAACGCUUCAACUCCGAACCUUCUAUGGGGACGACAUCCCUCCAUAUGCGAUUCUGUCACACGCAUGGCUACAGGACGAAGACGAGGUCACCCAUGCGCAAAUACAGGACCCAGAGAACUGCCGCCAUAUGAUGGGAUUCCAGAAGAUCGAAUACACGUGUCAACAGUCGAUACGAGAUGGUCUGAAUCACGUCUGGAUUGACACAUGUUGUAUUGACAAAACGAACAGCACAGAGCUGUCCGAAGCUAUCAACUCAAUGUUUCAAUGGUACUCCAAUUCCAAAGUUUGCUAUGUUUACCUUACAGACAUAUCUGACCAACAGAAUGGGAACUUGAUGGGUAGCAGAUGGUGGUCUCGAGCGUGGACUCUACAGGAACUUCUUGCACCAACGGACGUCAGGUUUUACAACGUCUUCUGGCAGCGCAUAGGAUCGAAAAGGGAUUCAAUUCUUAUCAUCACAUUCGACACAGGUAUAGACGAGGAAACACUACGCUCUCCCAAAAGGAUGUUUGACAAGAGCAUUGCACAACGGUUAUCCUGGGCAGCUGGCCGUAAAGCCAAGAGGACUGAAGGCCGAGCAUACAGCUUGCUUGGCAUACUUGGUGUUAAUAUGGCAAUGCAAUAUGGCGAGGGUUCUGGCGCAUUCACGCGUUUGCAAGAGGCUAUUUUGCAAGACAACAACGACCAAACGUUGUUCGCCUGGAGUUGUGUACCCAAGAAUAUUUCAGAGAUCUACGAUCAGAUUGAAAAGGAUGAGAGUGCCGACUCGAGCGCUCUGCUGGGACCUGCACCUGGACAUUUCAAGAACAGCGAGAACCAGCGGUCCCAGUCAGUGGGAAUUGGUCAGGGUUCUGGGUCUAACCCUGAAGAAGGCCGCUUGGAGUUUUCCCACAAUGGAUUGUUCGCGACGGAUCCAGAUUCGUUCCGGGACUGUGGUGGAAUCAUCUUUCACAGUAGACACGGUCUUGAAAGUAAUAUUACUAAACUCAAUGGUUCGUGGCGCAUGAAUAUGCCCCUCACUCAUGUGAAGAGACGAUAUAUUACGUACAAGGUCGGGCUCCUUCCAUGCUCCUAUUCCGAUCGACCUUACCAUCUCUUAGCAAUCUUGCUACAAUGCUGGAACAGUGGUAACCAUUACCAACGCAUCAGCCCUGGAAGAGGGGUCUUUACAUUUCUUGUCAACAUCAGCUUUACAAAAGAUCUGCGCGUUCAUAGGCUUUGGGUCCAUGGAUCGAAUUGGUUGACCUCUCAUCAAAAGUCUUUGAGCGACAAGCAAGUCAAAGACUAUAGGAGUAUUAGGUUGCGAAUCAGACCAAAUCAGGACGAUUGGUGCUUCUCGAGCUCAGAACCCAAGGAUGCUACAUGGUCAUCGAGCGAUAUGUUACUAGAAGUUCCGAGUAUGCCACGUCACUACGCAAGCUAUGACGCAGAAGCCGCGAGCCACUCAGACUUUUGGCAAUAUAACAACUAUAUAUCCAGGAAUUCUACAGGAGAGGGACAUCGCAAAUACAAGCAAGUUCUUCAUGAGAGCGAUCCGGAAAGCAGGAAAGGAUUCCAGGAUAAAGUCUUGCUAAGUCUCCGACAUCACACCGGCGCUCAGAUCAACUUUGCCCUUGUGCUACCGGUGACACCAGAUAUGCUUUCGUGUGGUGGCGAUGAUGUUUUCAACAGCGGGGUGAUGGUCUUUGCUGGUGACGAGAGAGAUGUGGAUUGGGUCGUGCGGCUCGAAAAAGCGUGGAAUAGGGCAUCACCUACCUCGAGAGUUGGGUCAAUACGAGCUUCAGUCACUACGCGUCGUGUGUUCAACCAGCUCAUAUCUACCCUAGAGAUCGAGGACACGAAAGGUGACCCUAAUCUUAAUCAUCUCGAGCGGGAGGCACGUUUCUAUCGUAAUCUAGGCGAAAAUUACAUGACGCACUCACGCCUGUACCAACACCGCCCUCUGUCAGUGAGACGCCAAAGUCGAAGCUGCGAUUGUCGACAAGGUGGCCGUCGGGAACACUACAUGUUUUUGGGAAAGACAAACGAACCGGCUGCACUCAUUCUGAUUACGGCAGUUAAGCACAGCACCACCUCCGACUGCAAUCGAGCACGCGAUUAACCACAAGGCGAUGUGAAACGACACAGGAACCAAUGCGAAUACAGAUAUUGAGCUUGCACGGUAGGAAAUUCCAAUGCAAGUAUUGAGUAAUGCUGUGACGACGAGGAGUCUUUGAUUGAGAUUCCAGGCAUGGUAGAGAUCAAAUGAUGGAGCUAAAUGGUCGAAGACUGCUCGAGACGUGUUGAAUGCGACAGCUUCUCAGAUGAUGAUCAUAACUUAUUCAUUCGUGGUAUCUAUGUACUAUGGAACUUGUCC